UCGGCUAGUCUUAUUCUUUCUCUCUGUGUGUGUCCACUGUCCAGUAGUAGUAAUAGAAGAAGAAGAAGAGGACUACUCAUCAGAUCAAGAAAGAAGAAGAGGAAAGGAAGGGGGUGCUUCCGCCUGCGCCUGCCGGGGAGGGGAACAACAAUGGCGCUCGUCCUCGCGUCCGCCCCCUCUGACUGACUUGGACGUGACUAGCGCUGGAGAAAGCUGGUGUUCACGAGCGAGCGACGUGCGGCGUGGCCUGGGGUUUGGCUUGUGCCAGGCGCCUUCCCCAACCCAGCUUCUUCGCCGGGCCCUGCCGUGGCUUGGCUUGGCUUGGAGAAGAUGAUGUUGCAUCAGCAGGAGCAGGAGGGUCGCACGUGCCCGCCGUGGCUCCAGGCGGCCAUCGCAGACAUCGAGCAGCGCGUGCGCGCGCUGGCGGCCGGCGUGCCGGACGACGACGCGGCGGCGGCGGCCGCGGACCACUCCUUCGCCGAGCGCGCCGAGAACUACUACCACCGCCGCCCGCAGCUGCUCGCGCUCCUCACCGACCUCCACCACCGCUACCUCUACCUCGCCGACCGCUACGCUCAGUCCCUCCUCGCCAACGCCAACGCCAAGUCGUCUGCCCACUUCCACUCCCACCACCUCAACCUCAGCUCCGACUGCUCCUCCGACGUUGAUGACCGCUCCUCGGACGCCGGCAGCUCCCUCUCCUUCCAGCCCCACGCCGGAAUCACCGAUGAUCAUUUCGCAACUCCGGUUGCUGCUCCGGCCGUUGACGGCGACCUGGUAGUGGCGGAGCUGGUGAUGGCGUGGGUGGACCGGGACCUGCUGGCGGACGAGGCCGACCGCCGGAGGGCCGAGUCGGCGCGCAAGAUCGACCUGCAGGGGAGCCUGCUGGAGGUGCUCGAGUCGGAGCGCCUGGUCCUUCUGGGCGAGAACGCGCGCCUGGCCUUCCGCGCCUCCGCCGCCGAGGAGGAGGCCGCGGCCGCCGCAGCCGAGCUCGGCUACACGCGCCGCCGCGCGGCCGACCUGGCCCGGCUGGCCGUGAAGCUGCGGGACGACCACCGGGCGUGCAUCCUCGGGCGGAAGGUGGAGGCGCUGCAGGCGCAGGUGUACGGGCUGGAGCUCCGCAACCGGGAGUGCUUCGAGGCCAUGGCCGCCUGGGAGGCCGAGCGCAAGGCCGGCGUCGCCGAGAUCGAACGCCUCCGCGCCGAGAACCGCCGCCUCGCCGCCGAGGCCGCGGCCGCGCAGGCGUCGGCGAGGAGGAAGCGUGGGGGCGGGAGCGGGUGGUGGUGGCUGGCGAGGGUGCGGCUGGCGGCGGAGUGGACGCCGUGCGCGCCGUCGUCGGUGACGGUGAGGAAGGUCGGCGAGCAGAUGAAGGGCGGCAAGUACAACGGCGGCUGCUUCUGCCUGUAGGCACCGGCGGCGACGGCGAGGGUCUGUGCUUUUGGUGCUUCUUUUUGGUUUGCCCCCUUGGAUUAUGGCGGUAUUACUGUGGGGAGGAUCGGCGAGAGAUGGUUUAGGCUGGGGUUAUUAUGAGGCAAUGCAGGGUGUAAUAUGAUAAUUAAGCAGCUGUUCUUGGACUGGUUUACUCCACCACUGUCACUGGCGCUCAUGGAGCUGUGAUGCUUCUGUCGUGGAGGUGGAGAUGGGCAAAGUAUAUAUGCUAGUACUAUUAUUA